UUGUAGGGUGGUUGUGAACACAUACUGCUAACACACAUUUAAGUUCAAACAACAUGUAAAAGUGAAUUUUGCAUCCAUUGUCCCCUUCUGAAGUGUUGUAAUUGUAAUAUUUCUGCCCAAUUAGGUCCAAUUGUUUUUGGAUAAAAUGUUUUAAUUUGCUGUAUUGACACACAUUUCAAUACCUGAAGUCUUCUUCACACAAAGUAUACCUAAGCUAUGCUGACUGAUGUAUUUACAUGUGUUCUAAGCUGCUAACAUUGGUGAAGACAUUUUGCCAACUCUCUCACGAGAGGAUAUCCGAGAUCUCUUUCCUGGUCCUGAGCACUUCCUGCGGCGCAAAGCCAUUUGGCUUUUGACUCAUAAGGAAGAACAGGGGCACAGCAUUCCUGUUGAAGUCCAAGGUUCAUCAGCAGAUGACAAACAUACUGAAAGUUCAAAACAAGAUGACCCCAGCACUUCAAAGUUUUUAAAGUUACCCAGCCCAGAAUAUGUUCUCUUCACUGACAGUGAGCUACAACAGGUGAGACGCACAUACUUUGAGCAGCAGCGUCUUGGAAAAGAGGGUGACGUCACCUUAUCAAAGGAGCUAUUCUGCCGGCUCAUCCGAAAUACCAUGACAAACAUGAUAUCCAUUGCAAGAGCAUCUUCAGAUGACUACAAAUAUCCCACUAAACAUGAAGUUAUUGCCAUGGCAAAACGGUUAGUGGAAUACUACCCUAUGAUAAAAGAUAAGUCAACUGGAUCUAGGCAUGAGUGGGACACCGUUGCCAAAAAGCUCCUGAAGCGACUUUCAAAUAUCCGAAGUCCCAUGAAGGCCAAACAGCCUCCUUCCAAAAGAGCACGUCAGGACAAAGAACCUUCUGCUGCAGUGACAAGUGACUAUGAUGCUGAUUCCAGUGCUUCAACAGUCAAUUUGUCACCACCUUCAAGAUCAAGCACCCCACGGCAAGAAAAUGACAGCAUUGAUGAAGCAUCUGAUGGUCCAGACAACAGCCUUGACAGCCAGAAAACCCAGGCAAGACAUUACAGGACUCUACAAGAAAUGUACAAAGCAAAGAAGCCAAACAAAGCUGCUGUAACCCAUCUAUUAGACCUGGAGUUCCAGUCCAGAAGAAACUUCAUUGACUCAAAUGCUUUAAAGGAGCAAGACAAACCAACAAAAAUUUUGCAAGCAUACCCCUGCUUCAAAGAACUGGACCAUGCAAUGGAUGAACUCCGGAGAAUCAUUGAGCCAAACAAUUGCCAAUACAUUUCUGAAGUGAAGGACAGGUGGAAGACCUUCUACUCCAAGGUUCAGUUUUAUGGAGUGAUGAAAAAAGUCAUGAAGCCUCCAAGGACAUUAAAUGGAGUUGAACAUGCCAUUGCUGUUUUUACUGCCCUGCCGCUGCUCUUCCCAUCUGGCUCUGCAGCACCGAAGAAACGGGUCCCAAUCAGUGAGGCUCUUUUCCAUGUUUUGACGUCCUCAGAGGAUCCGGAUACCUACAUCCACAGGCGCGCAUUUUCCAGUCCUGUCUUGCUGGUUGGUGAGGAGAACUGCAUGGUGGUUGUAGGUACAAGUCCAAUUCUAACAUUUGACAAAGACUUGCUCUAUGAGGGGCCUCUCUACCUCCUGGCCUAUUACUAUGCAUUUCAUCUCACAUAUCCAAAGUAUCUUGCAACACUCUUGUCUGUGUUGCAAACACAAGUUCUGAGAGAUGUCAUCCACGAGCAGGAUGCAACCCCCUCGUACAAAAAGGCCAUUAAUGAAUGGAGAAUGUUUGUUGACUAAUUGCUGUUUCAAACCUGUUGUAUGGCUGAGGCUGAGAGACAGCUGCAGUGUUUUUUUUCUUUUUUUUUUUUUUGGUUUUGUUUCUUCCAUUACAUUUGCACUUGAUUUGCACUGUUAGGAGUUUUUUUCUAGGUUUCAUGUAUCUGACAUACAAUAAUGCAGGAAUACAUUCAAGUAAUUGCUGUGUGUAACUUACGGAACUGCUGUUUGAGGUUAUACAGUGUUGUUCUGUGCCGGGUAUUUUAUUAGUUUAAAAAAAUGUAUUAGUUUUGGACUGUUCAUCCUGUUUUGCUAUACCCCAGUUGUUUAAGCGGAAAUCUGCCAUACAUUAAAGGCAUUGUUGACCCAAACCUCAUUUAGUUUCUACCCUUACAGUAUGUUAUUUCAAACCUGGAUUUCUUUGUUCUGUUGUAUGCAGAAGGAGAUAUUAUUGAGAAUGUUGGUAACUGUUGAUGGUAGCUAUUGACUUUCACAGUAUUUUUAAUAUUUUUCCUGCUAUGGAAGUCAAUUUUUUGGGUUGCUAUCAUUUUAAUGCAGUAAAUUGAUUCAGUAAUUGCUGUUUGAAGCUUAAAGGCCUGCUGUUUGAGUUUGUGUAUACAGCUAGACUGAGACAUUUGCAUAGAAUGUUUGCUGUUAAUCUGUGACAAGCUAGCCUUGGAAUCAGUUUAUUCUGC